UUGACUUAUCGCCAUUCUGCUAUUGCUCGUCUGAUUUAAAAGUUGUCCAAAUCAUGAAUAUUUUCACAGUUAGUCAAAAAGAGCUCCAGCAAUCUACUCGGGGUACCUAAAAGUAGUGAGUUAGUUUUAAACAGUUAAUCGAUUAUAAUCAAAAUGGCUAGCAAAAUGCCAAAUGAUGACAGUACUACAUCAAAGGAAAAUGACCCCUUGAAAUCGAAGCGCAUCGGAAAACGAACUGCAGUACCAAAAGAGCCGGACCCAUCCUCCGAGCAAAACGAAUUGUUGAACAGCCCAGAGCACGUUGGCGCUCAUCUGGAUGACCGAUUUACGCGAUUUAUCCGUUUGGGAGGACAAAUCCACUAUAUCUCUAAGAAAACGCGAGUGCCCCGGAACGCGAUCGUACGUGCCGGACCAAGCCAGUUCCAAGAUCAGACCAGCGGCCAGGGCAGCGAAUUUCACGCGGCUCACAUAAUACGGGUCGGGGAUAUCAGUGCGGAAAUUGGCGAAUCGUACUGUACUUUUCUGAAGAAAUUCGCAGGGCACACGCAGAUAGUGCCAAGAUACGCAAAUCUAGGCAUUGGUCAAGAUAUCGACAAAAUUCAGUCACAAUAUCUGCCCAAACUGUUGGAGGUUGACUUUGACGAACUAAGUGAGCAAGACGAUGCCAUUAUAGAAGAGAUUAGAGAUGCAUACUUAAGUGCACUUUCGAAACGAAUCAACAGGGAAGAGCCUGAAUCGAACACGUCGAUUGCGUUGAGUCUAGCUUAUGAAAAGAUACGUGCCUGGAGUGUUGAUGAUCUGUACGAAAAGGUAGCAAGAAAUGUUGCAAGAAUCCGUGAAAAGUGUGAACAGUAGUUGGAUAAUGUAUAUUGUCUUUAACCACGUUUCGAAAUAACUCGUUUUUUUUUUAUUAUUUAAGCUAAUUUACUAU